GUUAAUGGAGAAAAGUUUGGUGUAACCUUCAGUUCAUCCUUUUUGUUCUCAGCUUUUGUUCAGAGCUUCACAGAAAUUUAAUCUGAGAGAAAGUUUGAAAAGUUGCUUUAAUUUCUCUUCGAUGGCUUCGCUGACAUCCUCCAGUCGUAGGUCAUCUUCGUCCUUCCACUCUUCAUCGCGUUACAGCUCCUCCAGCUCCUAUCGGUCAGAGGGCUCACUGGGUGGAUCAUCUGAUUCCCUGGAUCCUUUUGAGCCGUUUCUCGACUCGGCUGAUUGUUCCAGUCUGUUUGGAGAAGAGGGACCCGGGAGUCCAAGCCUGUUGGCCCCCUUCAACAGGUGCAGCAGACCCUCCUUUGGACACGCUGCUCCUCCGGGUGGUGCACUCACAGCCCGGCAGAGCAGCACAGGAGGUGGCGUGCGCUGUCAGGGGAACACCUACUACGUGUCCGCUGAUGUCAGCCGGUUUGACCCGCAUGACAUCGUGGUGAUGGCCUACAACCAACAUGUCGUCAUUCACGCCCAAAAGAUCCUAGAUGAUGGAAGCGUCAGUGACACCUUUACCCAUAAGUCCCUGCUCCCAGAGGAUAUGGACCCCUUGUCUGUCAGUGGGAACAUUAAUCCUGAUGGUACCCUGGUUGUUAGUGUCCACAGGACCACAGAGCUGGGUGAACCAGAGUCACAGAGUGUCCCCAUGUAUCGCAGUGAAGCUCACCUUUGACCCCAAUUAAUUCCACCUACUGUGAGAAAGCCUGCUUUGAGAUUAUAAAAAACGAAGGGAAGCUGACCAUCAUCUCCUGAGGGUGUCACACUUACUUUAGACUAGGGGUGCAUCGAAAUGAAAAUUCUUGGCCGAAAACCGAAAACUGAAAAUGAGGAAACCAAGGCCGA